GUUAAAUUACGAUGGCAUUUUGAAGUCCUAAUCAGCAAUGGAGGAAAUGGAUAGAGAAGCAGUUGCAACAGCUGUUCAGAGAGUGGCUGGAAUGCUUCAACGGCCUGAUCAGCUGGAUAAAGUGGAGCAGUAUCGCAGGAGGGAGGCUCGUAAGAAGGCUUCAGUAGAAGCCCGACUCAAGGCAGCAAUCCAGUCUCAGUUAGAUGGAGUACGAACAGGUUUAAGUCAACUGCACAAUGCCUUGAACGAUGUAAAGGACAUUCAGCAGUCUUUGAUUGAUGUUAAUAAAGAUUGGAGACAGAGCAUCAACACCAUAGAAAACCUCAGGGAUGUUAAGGAUGCUGUAGUGCAACACAGCCAGCUGGCAGCUGCUGUAGAAAAUCUCAAAAACAUCUUUUCAGUUCCUGAGAUAGUCAGGGAGGCACAAGAUUUGAUUGAACAAGGGGAACUGCUGCAAGCUCAUCGAAAACUGAUGGAUUUAGAGUGUUCUCGGGAUAACCUAAUGUAUGAGCAAUAUCGUAUGGACAGCAAAAACACACAUGACAUGAACCUCAUCCAUACAUACUUUGGGGAUAUGCAGAAACUUUCCGAGGAACUGGCAAAACAGCUUUGGAUGGUGGUUCAAAGAUCUCUCGUUACGGUCCGUCGAGACCCGACCUUACUUGUUUCCGUUGUCAGGAUAAUUGAGAGGGAAGAGAAAAUUGACAGGCGCAUGUUAGAUCGGAAAAAGCAAACUGGGUUCAUACCACCUGGCAGACCAAAGAACUGGAAAGAAAAGAUGUUCAACAUCUUGGAAAGAACUGUAAGCACUCGAAUCGAAGGCACUCAAGCAGAUACCAGAGAGUCUGACAAAAUGUGGCUCGUGCGCCAUCUAGAAAUCAUACGUAAAUAUGUCCUUGAUGAUCUGUUAGUGGCCAAAACCCUACUGGAUCAAUGUUUUCCCCCACACUAUGACAUUUUUAAGAGAUUACUAAGUAUGUACCAUCAGGCGUUGUCCAUCCGCAUGCAAGAGCUGGCUUCAGAAGAUCUGGAAGCAAAUGAGAUUGUUAGCCUUCUGACUUGGGUUUUAAACACAUACAAGAGUGCAGAGAUGAUGGGAAAUUCAGAACUAUCUCCUGAAGUAGAUAUAAAUUGUCUGAAUCUUCUACUUUCACAAAAUGUGGUAGACCAGCUUCUCAGCAAAUACAUGUCAACUCUUACUUCUAACAUUAUUGGUUGGCUACGAAAAGCACUGGAGACGGAUAAAAAAGACUGGGUGAAAAAAACUGAACCAGAAGCAGAUCAGGAUGGGUACUAUCAGACUACGCUCCCAGCUAUUGUUUUUCAGAUGUUUGAGCAAAAUCUUCAGGUAGCUGCUCAGAUAAAUGAUGAUUUGAAAACAAAGGUACUCCUUCUAUGUCUUCAACAAAUGAACUCAUUUCUAACAAGGUACAGAGAUGAAGCACAGUUAUAUAAAGAAGAGCAUCUUAAAAAUCGUCAGUAUCCUCAAUGCUAUGUUCAAUAUAUGAUUGCAGUCAUCAACAACUGUCAAACUUUUAAAGAAUCUAUAAUCAGUUUGAAAAGAAAAUACUUGAAAAUUGAAAUGGAAGAUAUGUUAUCCAGCAGCCAUACAAACAUGGAUGCGAUUUUAGACACCAUUGCCAAAGAAGCAUGCUCUAGUCUGCUAGAUGAAGUCUUCAUGGAUUUAGAGCCGCAUCUCAAUGAACUGAUGACAAAGAAAUGGUUGAUGGGGUCUAAUGCUGUGGGGACUAUUUGUGUCACUGUGGAGGAUUAUUUCAAUGACUUUGCAAAAAUAAAAAGGCCUUAUAGAAAGACAAUGACUAGUGAGGCCCAUCGGAGAGUGGUUGUAGAAUACAUCAGAGCCAUCAUGCUAAAACGUAUAUCUUUCAAGAAUGCAGAAGAGAGAAAAGAAGGGGCAGAAAGAAUGAUCAAAGAAGCAGAACAGUUUAGAUUUCUGUUUAAGAAACUUGCCCCUGGAUCUGGAGAGGAUACUGAAGGACUCUGUGGCAUCAUUGAAGCCAUUGCAGAAGUUAUCAAAUUAACUGAUCCUUCACUACUCUAUCUGGAAGUUUCAACUUUAGUCAGUAAAUAUCCAGAUAUUAGGGAUGACCAUAUUGCAGCUUUACUCACAGUGAGAGGAGACGCCAGCAGAGAUAUGAAGCAGACUAUCAUUGAGACUUUGGACCAAGGUCCAAGCCAACCAAAUCCAAACUACGUCCCAAUUUUUAAAGAAAUUUCAGUUCCCACUCUAACUGUGCCAAAGCUUCUUAAGUAAUUGAGAGUUCUGUGGAUUUGUGUCAUUACUAGUCUGGGAUCAUAGUCUGAAACAUUUGCAGGCAGGUUUGGCAAUGCUUUUUCGAGUAAAGUUCAAUACUGCUACUUGCUAGGUAUGUUUCUGGGGGUUUCUUCAUAUGGGGAGACACAAUCAGUUUUCUAAAA